UUCCCGCGCAAUUUACUUUGUAUUUUUCAAUUAACGUUUAUGAUUUUGUGACUCAAGAUGGAUGGUGAUGAGGGCGGCGAGAUGCCCGUUAAGGACGGCAUCAAAAGGUCGUUGGUUGGCGUCAUAGAUGAUGGCACCAAGACAGUUAGAUUCGUGAUAUUCGAAGCUGAAAGUUCAGAAGAACUAGUAGCGUAUCAACUAGACAAAACGGAGAUACAGCCGCAGGAAGGAUGGUACGAACAGGACCCUAAGGAGAUCAUGCAAAAUAUUAACAAGUGCGCUGAGAACGCGUUGGAAGAGUUGUCAGAACUAGGUUAUUCUAGGGAAGACAUCGUCUCACUAGGCAUCACGAAUCAGAGAGAAACUACUAUAGCCUGGGACAAGUUCACUGGAGAACCUUUGCACCCUGCUAUAGCAUGGAACGACAUCCGUACAGUCAGCACAGUGGACGCGAUCUUGGCGAAAAUACCAGAUCAAAAUAAGAACUACUUAAAAUCCAUAAGCGGUCUUCCCAUUAGUCCAUACUUCAGUGCUUUAAAGAUGAGGUGGAUGAAAGACAAUAUUAAGAAUGUUCGACGAGCCAGUCGCGACAAAAAGCUUUUGUUUGGAACUGUUGACUCUUGGAUUGUUUGGAAUUUAACCGGCGGUCCUAACGGAGGUCUUCACAUAACCGAUGUGACCAACGCGUCAAGAACAUUGCUUAUGAACUUAGAGACUUUGAACUGGGACCCAAUGCUUUGCCGGCUGUUCGGCAUUCAUCGAGACUCGUUGCCGCAAAUCGUUAGUAGCUCCGAGAUAUACGGCCUAGUUAACGACAGCUCCGUCUUAGAUGGUAUUAGAAUAUCUGGGAUACUAGGCAAUCAGCAGUCAGCGUUAGUUGGACAAAGCUGCUUAUCUGCUGGCCAAGCGAAGAACACCUACCGCAGUGGAUGUUUCUUACUAUACAACACGGGCACAAGGCGAGUGCAAUCGACACAUGGACUUAUUACCACCGUAGCUUAUAAACUGGGACCGGAUUCACCCGCUGUUUAUGCUUUAGAAGGUUCUAUAGCGGUAGCGGGCGGCGCUAUGAAGUUUCUCAGAGACAACCUGAAACUGAUCAAAGACGUUGCGAAGGACACUGAACAAAUCGCCGGUCAAGUUUUCUCUACGGGUGAUGUCUACUUUGUACCAGCUUUCAGUGGAUUGUAUGCGCCUUAUUGGAGGAAAGAUGCUAGAGGGAUAAUCUGUGGACUAACAGCGUUCACAACUAAAAACCACAUAAUAAGAGCUGCUUUGGAAGCUGUAUGCUUUCAGACCAGGGACAUUUUGGAAGCAAUGAACAAAGACUGCGGCAUGCCGUUGUCGAAGCUUCACGUGGAUGGGAAGAUGACGUCGAACGACUUAUUGAUGCAGCUGCAGGCAGACUUGACCGGCAUUCCAGUUAUGCGCGCGCACACGCGGGACAUGGCGGCGCUGGGCGUGGCCAUGGCGGCGGGCAGCUCCGCGGGCGUGUGGAGCUGCGACGCCUGGCGCCGCCGCGCCGCCAACUGCGACACCUUCCUGCCCACCACCACGGACGACGAUCGUGACGCCCGAUACACAAAAUGGAAAAUGGCAGUGCAACGGUCCCUCGGUUGGGCUACGACCAAGAAAUCCAUCGCUAUGACAGGUCAGAGACGAAAAAAUAGCAUGCAAAUAAGCGUAGAUAAUACCAGUCGAAAGGACUCGGUGACCAGUAGAAACGACUCCGUAGUAGAACAUUUAGAACAACGAGUGAACGUCGUUGUUAACAACGAGGACUUUGUUGAAGAUCUCCUGAAUUAUUCGGUUAGAAGGUAUUCCCUGUUCUUGCCGACUCGUACGCCUAAAACUGAAAGGUCGAUUUUAGACGACGCGGAGUUCUUCAUGAGUAAGAAAGAAUGCGAUUACGGUACAUGUCAGUGUUGCCCUACGGAGAAAAAGGUGCAAACAAAUUGGGAGUCUAUUGAGGAAAUUAUUGAGAACGACCCGGAGAUUAUUUUUGACUGUGAUGACAACCCUAUUGUCGUUGAACCUGUAAAGAAAUUUGACUCUCUGUUACUCGAUUCUGGGUCCAAUAUUAUGAGCAGUGGCAUCAGUUUGACUAAGCGUAUUCAAUUGGAAAAACUGCCUGAUAUUUUUAAAACAAUUUGCAACAAGUUGUCGCAUACCUCUUUGACGUAAUCGGUUAAAUACAUACGUGGUCGUGGAUCAAUAGUAGAAAUAUUUAUUGUCGUUGUCAAACCAUAAGCAAGGCCUGCAAUCAACGGUUUCACUUAAAUUUUUUUUAGUCAACAAACAGUUACUUAUUACAAGUACGUGGUCAUCGAGUAUAUAACCAGAAAUAGAGACGAAAGAAGGGCUAUCCAUCCCUGGCAACUCAUCAUGUAAAUAGGC